AUGUACAAACUCGCUACACUCUCAGCUCUUCUUUCAGCGAUUGCGCUCGUCGCAGCUGGCGGUCCAGAAAUCUGCACAGGUUCAGGCGGAUGCACUGAGUAUCAAAUAACGAAGGAUUGUUGCGCUGCAGUUGAUCAAUCAGCAAGAUUCGACGAGCUUUUGAAGCAAUGUGUGCCAUAUGGCGUCAACUCUAUCGACACGGGAGCAAUGGUCAGCUGCUGCGAAAGCAGAGGCGCCGGUAGCAGUGCAGAAAGCUUUGGAGCUGACAACCCAACCUGUUAA